GAACUGAGAGGCACUGGCCAGGAAGCGGGGAUCGGGGUGGCAUUUCUCUGUGGGAAGACUGAGGUGUUCUUUGCUCCGUCCUAGGCGGGUCCGUGGCGGCCUGACAUCAAGGGCUAGGCCGGGGACGUGUAGGUCAUGGCGCUGGCCUCGCGAGUGUGGCGCUUUCUCCCUUUGGCACGUGGAGCUGUUCCGGGUACUCGGUUUCCGAAGAGGACUUGGGGCAGCCGUGAGCAGUGCUGUCCCGGGCGAUUCCGCGGCCCUGAGGUGAUAGGUAACGCAGGAACUUUGAAAAGAGGCCUUUUAUUCUCAGCCUUGUCUUAUUUGGGUUGUGAAACUUAUCAAGUCAUUUCACAGGCUGCUGUUGUUCAUGCCGCAGCCAAAGUUGAAGAGAUUCUUGAACAAGCUGACUAUCUGUACGAAAGUGGAGAAACAGAAAAACUUUAUCAGUUGCUAACCCAGUACAAAGAAAGUGAAGAUGCAGAGGUACUGUGGCGGUUGGCUCGGGCAUCACGUGAUAUUGCUCAGCUUAGUGGGACUUCAGAAGAGGAGAAAAAGCUUUAUGUGUAUGAAGCCUUAGAGUAUGCAAAAAGAGCGCUAGAAAAAAAUGAAUCAAGUUUUGCUGCUCAUAAGUGGUAUGCAAUCUGCAUUAGUGAUGUUGGAGAUUAUGAAGGCAUCAAGGUUAAAAUUGCAAAUGCCUACAUUAUCAAGGAGCAUUUUGAGAAAGCAAUUGAACUGAAUCCUAAAGAUGCCACCUCAGUUCACCUGAUGGGUAUUUGGUGCUAUACAUUUGCUGAAAUGCCUUGGUAUCAAAGAAGAAUUGCUAAAAUGCUGUUUGCAACUCCUCCUAGUUCCACUUAUGAGGAGGCCUUGGGCUACUUUCAUAGGGCAGAACAAGUGGAUCCAAACUUCUACAGCAAAAACUUGCUUCUUUUAGGAAAGACAUACUUGAAAUUAAAGAACAAAAAGCUUGCUGCUUUCUGGCUAAUGAAAGCCAAGGACUAUCCAGCACACACAGAGGAAGAUAAGCAGGAUAUGUGAAGAAACUUGAAUUUAGAAAAAUGUGGCCAUGAUACUGUAAAAACCUGAGACUCUCACUUCUUGACCAAGAAAUUUUUCCAACUGAAUUUCUAAUUAUGGACUGGGGACUAGCUAUGAAUGUUCUAAAAUGACUUCUCAGAUUCACUGAUGUCACCUAUAAAGCAAACAUCAUUAAAACAAAAAUACCAAUCUCGUGUAGUUGUGAAAAUUAAGAUUAUACUUUUCAUCUAAGAUUUAUAAUGAGUAUUAGUAAGUACUUUAAAAAAUUUUCACCUGUAUUUUCCUUGGUUGAGACAGGGGAGAGAAAUUUUGGAAUUCAGGACAUGCCACUUUUGAACUUAGAAGAGUUGGCCUCAAGCUUGGCUAAGUUCAACAGACUAAGGGGGGAGUGUUCUAGAACUUUUAUUUUCACAAUCGCAUACUUUAAUAAAUUUGCUUUAUUUCUGAAUUAUCUAGAUCAUUUUAGGUUCAGUCAACUGUAAAGCCAAAUUCGGUCAGCAUUAUUUUAUUCAGCAUUAACGCAGGAACCACAACUGACCAGCAGGGCCAUGUUGGGUCUCAUCUGAGAUGGUAUUCUAAUAAUCUGUAUAGAAUACCUACAAAAACUUUCUAAGAACCAUCAUCUCUCCAAAUGACGGCUCAGGGUCCUCAAAAGGGACAUGUACUUUCAAGAGUUCCACAUGCAAGGAAGCACAUAUGUAGAACUUCCUAUUUCAUAUCUAGAGUUCUAUGAGUUAUGGAUACAACUUAACAAUUGAAGUAAUUUUUAGUAGAUUAAACUUACCUGGCAAUAUUGUUAACAUAUCACCAUCCUAUCUAGUUUUCAGGGUAAGAAGAGUUAGGCGAAUAAUUUAAGUCAGUACGGUAAAGGUUAACGUUAGAAGGAAGUACAGAAAAAGUAAACAUUGAUUGACAGUUUCUUUCUUGGAAGACAGUUGACCUGAUUGUUGGGAUUGUGCUGGAUCUGUGACUCAUUUCUGGGUUCAGUUUAUUAGUGGUGGAGGGAAAUGCCACAAAAAUGAAGUAACAAUGUGAGAUGGCCUCUGAACUCCCUCUUUCUCUCCCAUUUCCUCAUGAGUUGUGUUCAGGCACAGGGAGCCUUAAAUACCUUUAAUUUCUUUCUGGUUGGUCCAGCUCAGAACAGAUGAUAAGGGAGGAGACAGGUAAGAGAUGUAGGCCACAUUUUUGUAUGUGUGGUUUUUUUUUUUCCCAUGACUAUCACUAAGUAGAUAAGACGGUUUGUUUGUAAAUCUGGUAUCUAUAAUUGCCUCUAAAGGUCCUGCUGAGGUCUCCAAACUAGUCUUCUCCAGUAAGCUGGUUUGAUCUCUGUAGCCUUACCUAUUGUAUAGUUAACUCUUACUCAGUGGAGCGGCUCCCUGAAACUAGCUGAAUGCCACCUUCUUCAGUCAAAUCUGCUAAAUUAUAUUCUCAGAGAUCACUGCUGAAUGGUAGUCAAUAACUUCUUAGUUCAUGUGACAGUGCUACCAUUGGUGUCUUUUUCUGGAAUGAUUUAAUAAGUCCUUUUGAGGGACUGGUCACCCUGUAUUUCAUAGCUUGUCAUACAUUAAAUUUUUUUAGUAUUUAUUUUUUAGGUGUAGAUGGGCUGCCUUUAUUUUUCUGUGGUGCUGAGGAUCGAACCCGGGUCCCGCCCGUGCUAGCCAAGCACUCUACCGCUGAGCUACAAUCCCAGCCCCAUUAAUUUUUUUUUUAUAAUUCUUUAGAUUUGAAAAAAAACAGCAUGUUUUUGGUUAGGAUUUGGAAAUGAGUCUUCAACUAUGUGAGUCACUGCCUUUAUUUCAUCUUUACUGUGAAUUCCUGAAUUUAAAAAAAAAGCAGAAUAUAAGCUAAUAUUAGAAAAAUUAAAAUUUUGGCAAAACAAAAACUAGUAUAUAGUAUAUAUGAAGUUAGACUGUAUACUAGUGUUUCCCAUAUGCACUUAUGGUGGAAUAUUUACAGGCAGCACAUUCAAAUAAGUCAUUUCCCAAUAUUAUAAAAUAAUCUGAGUUAAUGAAAUUUCUGGUGCAUACUGAAAGCAUGAUACAAAUUGAAAAUUUUUUGAUUUUAUUAGGAAGCCCAGUUUGCUAAAAGCAAUAUUAACAUUGGAUAUUGUAUUUUUGUAGUUAAGUAAAUGUCCUCCUGAGUGAAGAUUUUUACAUGCUUAUUGUAAUUCAGAUAUAGAACUUUCAUGAAUUUGAGAGCAAUGAAGAUAUUCAAACACUAAUAAAAAAUCAUUAUUCACCUA